CUGAACUUCUCAUCUGAAUGAAACAAUCACUCUAGGUUCCGACGAUCUUGAGAGCGGGGUGGUGUUCAUGCUGUCACCGCUGACCUCUUGAAAACGCCACUAAACAUGCACAUACCCAGUACUAAAGAGAAAGCUAACCUUAGUCAGAUCUUCCGGCAAAUGUUGUUACCAUAGGUAUGGACUCGCGGAAUGUUGUAUCCGUACCGCCUGAAACGAGUCGUUUCGGGUGAUUUCUCCCUUGGCCUAAACAUUGCAGAUGAACGUUACACGAGGUACGAGGCAAGAUCAAAGACCUUUGCUGAACAGAGAUCUACCAAUAGCAAAUCAACAUGACACUCUAUCCUGGAGUUGCGGUUAUCACUGGUGCCGCAGGAACAGGUAUUGGCGCGGCCACGGCCAAAGCAUUUGCAGAAGCCGGGUGCAAGAGGAUUGCCAUCACUGAUCGUAAUGUCGAGCUACUCGACGAGACCAAGAGUGCCAUCUCCUCUGCAUGGCCGGACGUCAGAGUCUACUCUGAACCUGGGGACAUUUCCCAAGAAGAUUUUGUCAAUGCUUUCAUGAAACGCGUCGUCGAUACCUUUGGUUCCAUCGAUUAUGCAGUCAAUUGCGCCGGCGUCCUGGGCCAGAGUUUGAGAUCGCACGAGAUGGACGCCGCAGAGUUUGAUCGCGUCAAUUCGGUCAAUUAUCGUGGCUGUUGGCUCGCGUCCCGUGCAGAAUUGAGGCAAAUGGUGACACAAGAUCUUCUAGCUGGUGAUGAAAGCGGCAGAGCGCCGCAAAGAGGUGCUGUUGUCAAUAUCGCCAGCCAGCUUGGAAUCGUCGGCCGGCCCACAGCCCCCCAUUAUUGUGGAAGCAAAGCCGCUGUCAUCUCGAUGACACAAUGUGACGCGAUUGAUUACUCCCGAGAUCAUAUUCGUGUCAAUUGUGUCUGUCCAGGUGUUAUCGAGACGCCUAUGACUACGUCCGACCAAUUCACCAUUGACCGAUUGAAGCCCGCAAUCAAUAUUGCACCGAUGGGACGAAUGGGUCAGCCACAAGAAAUCGCGGAUGCCGCCUUGUUUCUAUGCUCGAACCGAGCAAGCUUCGUCCAAGGGCAUGCAUUGGUGGUUGACGGCGGCUACAUCAUCAAUUAACACCAACAAGGCUGGCCUCAUCCAUCUCGCCUCUAGCCACGAUUUUUCGAGGUGAUAAGAGCACAUAAACCAAAAUGAAGAUCUGACGGUUAUUGGAGACUGGUUUUGACUUGUAACACGAAGGAUAAGUACGGUAUCCUAGAUGACGAUAUCUAUAACUUCGAUGAGAUCGGCUUCAUGAUGGGCGUUACAUCGAUAGAGCUAGUCGUUACAGCCUUAGAGAUCCGUAAUUGACCUAAGUCUAUCUAACCAGGCAAUCGCGAGUGGGUUAUGGUAAUUUAGGCAGUUAACGCGCUCGGCUGGAUAAUCCUAUUGUUCAUUAUCUUCG